UCUAAGCCAUAACAUUAGUCUCCACCAGGUAGUUUAGUUUUGAUGCAUUCUUGUAACGGCGCCGUGUAAGCAUCAUCACAUUACUCCAUUCUCCGUCGCUGACUGCUAUUUGGAUACUGCUUUUUUCAUCUUCGAUUCCAAUUUUGACCCAAAUCUCAUCAUCUACUUUCCUUUUAAAUAGAAGAAGCAAUCUUCAAAUUCGUUUGAAAUUGUUUGGAAAAUUUAAAGUUAAACUUCAUUUUCUAUUUCUCAUCCUUGAAUUUCUUCCUUUAUAUGAGUUUCUUUUGACUGCUCUAUUGUGUACAAGAAAUAUCCUUUUCUGGGUUUUGCUCAAAGUUUCAAGAUUUUCUGGGAAUUUCGAAGAAUUUCCACACGUCCCGAACGUGGGAUUUACUCAAAAUUCUGAGAAAUCACUGCAAAUCUUAUCUGGGUUUUGUUUAAAUCUCAAGUUUUUCUUGGGAUUCCCAUAAAGAUUUCUUCAUUUUUGACUUAUAAACUGAAGAUUUUGUGGAGAAUCCCGUAAAGAGUUCUUUAUUUUUGUCAUAGAAAUGGGUGAUUCAGUACGUAUGUUUGGGAAUUCUGGUGAUACAGGCGUGCUUGAGCUCACGGGGAAAAUCAUGAUGGUGGGAAUAAUACUCCUGUUCUUUGUUGUAGUCUUUGUCUUUUGUCUCCAUCUCUAUGCCAAAUGGUUCUGGCACCGCCGCCAAGAAAACGCCACCGUCACCACCACCGCAAGCGCAAGCCGCCAUCGCCGCCGCCUUGAUUUUGCUGCUGGGCACCUAGAAGUAACCGUUAUCACUGCUCGCCCCGGCCUAGACCCUGCGGUACUCAAAACCAUACCUGUAGUUAUAUGUGAUCCCAAAGAGCUUAAAGAAGGAUUAGAAUGUGCAGUGUGUUUAUGUGAAAUCUCUAACGGUGAAAAGGCCAGACUUUUACCAAAAUGUAAGCAUGGAUUUCAUGUUGAAUGCAUUGAUAUGUGGUUCCAAUCACAUUCCACUUGCCCUCUUUGUCGAAACCCGGUUUCGAAUUCGAAUCAAUCCUCUUCAAACUCUGUAACUACUGAAUCAACACUGGAGACUAUAUUACAAACCCCAAUUGGGGAAAAUUCAGGUGUCAAUGGUACAGAUGUUCCAAGUUUCCCUACCAAUGUGUUGUUUUGGGGCAAUGAAAGUCAGAUUAGCAUAUUGGGUCCUUGUUUGGAGGAUGGCAGUGGAAUUAGUACCACUUCCACUUCCUCUCAGCCUCUUAGUUCUUCGACUUCAUCAACAUCGUCCCAGUCACCUAGUUCUUCGACUUCAUCAUCGUCGUCCCAGCCAACUAGUAAUAGGCUGGACGGCACGGUGGUGAUUGAUGUACCAAGGCAGUUUAAUGAAGAGGAAGAACAAAAGUCUCCGGUGCCUACAAGAUUGAGGUCAUUGAAAAGGCUCUUGAGUGGUAAUAGAAGGAUCAAUCCUUGCGGUCCUAGAAAUGGGGAUCUAUGAAAAGGAGGUAGAGGCUUCAAAGUUGAUUUAUUCAUUGUGAUAUGUGCUAUGUUGAUUGGUAGUUACAAUGCACAUUGGUAGGCACAAAAUUGUUGGCAUUCUAGUCGAGGUUCAUCGGUGUUAAAAUCGUUCUGGCAAGUCGAGAAUUGUCGUUUAAGGUUCUUGUUUUGGCACUAUUCGAAAUUAUGCCUGGACUCAUUGGUGGAUUCGGAGACGAUCGAAAUCUCCAUUAACUGCGCUUAUUUGUUCAAUGUUCUUUAAUUAUUGAUGCAGAUGAGAGUUUGCUCCUUCAUAUCUGGCUUCUAUAUUAAGCAUAUACAACAUGGAAGUGAAUAUGUUGUUUUUCAUACAUAGUUUAGCUUCUCUGUUUGAGAAUGGAAUUGUAUCCAUCUUCUUUUACAGAAGAGUAUUAGAUAAAUUCUCAGGUCAAUUCAUUAAUGGUCUCUUUUAUGUACUGCUGAGUUGCUGGCAAUUAUAUGAAAUUAGUUUCAAUUGCAGAAGUCAUUCA